AUGUUACGAAAGGCCGCUGGAAAGCCUUCACUCUUUACCGUGCUGUUCAUGACUCAAAUGUUCCAGAGCAUUACCAGCCACCAGUGUGGAGCCGGCAUUUACUCCAUUUUUCAAAAGAUGCUCAGGGGCCACACCUAUAUGACAAUUGAGAGCCAAGCCGGUACCGUCGCGCUGGAAUGCAGGGAAGCUUGUCACGCUGAUUUCAGAUGUCAAAGCUAUAACAUCGUUAUACUUAAUUCAAAGUGCGAGUUAAACAACCGGACCAAAGAGGCCAGACCUGAGGACUUUGUCAAAGACAAAGACAGAUACUACAUGGCGAGAAACUCAAAACGAAGUAAUAGAACUUUACACUAGAAAUAAUUUAUUUUUAUUCAAAGUUCAAAUUAGUACCUCGUUCAAGGAUCUAAAGUGGUACUCAUCAUUGUUUCUCAUACUUUCUUCAAUUCCAGUCCCUCUCGGCUCUAUUCCUGAGCUGCCUGCCUAUUCGUGCCGAGAGAUUAAGGCGAGUGAAGGAGGACAAUCAGUCAGCGGUACAUACUGGUUGGAUUCCACCAGGUCUGGGAACUCUAUUCUAGCUCACUGUGACAUGAAAACAGAAGGUUAG